AUAAUAAUAAUAAUAAUAAUAAUAAUGAUAAUCCAAUAGCUAAUUCUUUAAUUGAUAAUCAUUUAUUACUUCCAUUACCAUCUAAUUCAUCAUUACUACAAGAUGAUAAUGAUAAUGAUGAUAACCAAUUAAAUCGAUCAGGAGUCAAGGAAUGUUUAACAUAUGAAACAAAUUAUGAAAUGAAAGUUGUUGAAUCGGAAGAUAAGGAUCAAUUACAUAAUAGAUUACAUCCAAUUGACGCAAGUAAACUUAUAGCGUCCGAUAAUCAGAAUGUGAAUGAUGAUCAUAAUGAUGAUAACUCCAUCGACGACGAUGAUAAUGCUGCUGAUGAUGAUGCUCGUGCUGAUAAUGAUGAAUGUCUUGAUAAGCCCCAGUCACAAAAUAACUUCAUCUCCACAAGUAAUACAUCUUUUGAAGGGGAAAUUUUUAUUCCGAAUGAUGAUAUCAUCAAUUCAACAUUAUAUCUAACUCAUGUUUUUGAUAAAGAAUCCCCUAGUGACAAACCAGUACAACAAAUAGAUAAUAAAAUAGAUAUAAUAAAUAAUAAUCCAAUUGAUUUAUGCCAAGAUAAUCCUUUUAUGUAUACAAUAUAUAAAAUGAAUCCGUUUAAUUAUAAAAACAAUCAUAUCAUUACUAAUACUCAUAGUGAUAGUGAUAACAGUACUACUGCUACUACUAAUAGUAGUAUUCAAGAUACAUCAAGUACUUUAACAAAACACUACUCAACUAAUAUUCUCCUUAAUAAUAAUAGUAAUAAUAUUCCAAUCGAUUUAUCAUUGUUACAACAACAUGAUGUAUGGUCUUCCCCAAAUGAUUCUAUUAAAUUAAUCAAUUCAAAUAGUGAUAUAAUAAUGAGACAAAAAAUUGAAACAGAAUUUCAACAAUAUAAAGAGAAUAAAGAACGAUCAUUAAGAAACUAUGAAAAUAUUAAUUAUACCAGUGAAUCUAGUAAUAAUACAAUGGAAAUACAAAUUAUAUCUAGCGAUGAAGAUGACGUUCAUAAUACUACUACUACUACUACUACUACUAAUGAUGAUGAUAUUGAUAUAAAGGUGACAGCAUCUAUUCAAGGAAUUAAUGAUUUAUCAUUGAAAUCUAAAAAUUAUCAUCAUCAUCAGAAGAAGAAGAAGAAGCCUGAAAAAUUGAUUAGUCCAAUUACAUCACAACAAUUACAACAUUGUCUCAAUAAAGCUCUUCUCAGAGCAUCACAUAAUGGUUUAAUUAAUUAUAUUGAAUUAUUGUUAAAUACUGGUGCAAGUAUACAUGCAUUAGAUAAAUAUGGAAGAUCAUGUUUACAUUUAGCAGCAAAAUUUGGACAUGUAAAAGUUAUUGAAUAUCUCUUAAAGUACAUUCCAGAAAAAUUAAUCGAUUUACAAGAAUAUGAAAAGAAGCAAACAGCACUACAUAAAGCCGCGGCAAGUCGAAGGAGGGUCAUCUGUAAAACUCUAAUCACAGCUGGAGCCUGCCCAAUAAUUACUGAUAUUUAUGGGAAACAACCAAGUAAUUUGGCACUAAAAGCAAAUGACCCACAACUUGCUACUUACCUAAAAAGAGAAGAAAUAUUGUUCACUAUUAAAAAUGGAGUUGAGAAAGUAGAUGUGUAAAGUGGACGAAUGAAGUAACCUUACAACGCAUUCCAAACAACCAAUUAACAUUUCCCAUCUUUAGAAUAGAACUCUUGCACAAUUUAGUAUAAACUAUUAUUUAUUUCUGUCUAAUAGUAUCUCCAUAGAAUCUCUUAACCGAUAAACUUUUGUAUUCCAUUAUAAUUACGAAUAUAUAUUAUCAAUAGAA